GAUUGCAUAUGAGCUGCAUCCAGUCAUACUUCAACCAAGAGACCCAGAAGCUGCUUCCAGGGAAUUCAUACUGAGCAAAAUGCAACUCGCCUUGCCUGGACUGGGGUUAAACCUUUACCUGUUUUUUUAUGCAGCUGCUACCUUCUGUCUGGUCAGCGUGCUCCUGAAAGUCAUCCGGCUAUGCCAAAGGAGGCAAAAGCUGAGCAGAUCUUUGGAGAGCUUCCCAGGGCCACCGAAGCAUUGGUUUUAUGGACACACCAAUGAGCUCGGUCGAAUUGGAGAACUUUCCACAAUGGUGUCAUGGUCGGAGAGAUAUCCCAACGGCCAUUCCUUGUGGUUUGGAGCUUUCUUGGGGUUUCUCAAUAUCUACCAUCCAGAUUACGCCAAGGCUGUAUACAGCAGAGGAGAUCCGAAGGCUCUUGAUUUCUACAAUUUUUUUCUCCCAUGGAUCGGGAAAGGGCUACUGGUAUUAGAUGGGCCCAAAUGGUUCCAGCACCGACGUCUGUUGACUCCGGCAUUUCACAGUGAUAUUUUAAAGUCGUACGUGGCACUGAUGGUCGAUUCCACCAAAGUGAUGCUGGAUAAAUGGGAAAGGCUGAUCUCAGAAGAUAAAUCACUGGAUAUUUUCCAGCAUGUUGGGUCUAUGACACUGGACAGCAUGCUGAAGUGUAUCUUCAGUUAUCGAAGCAAUUGCCAGCUUGACAGUAAGAAUACAUAUGUCCAAGCAAUUAGUGACCUCAGUUGUUUGAUGCAGGAAAGAAUACAGACAUUUCUCUAUCACAAUGAUCUAAUCUAUCACCUCUGUCCUCAUGGAUACCGUUUCUUCAAGGCUUGCAGAAUAGCCCAUCGACACACAGAAAAGGUGAUUAGGGAAAGAAAGGCACUCCUUAAAGAUGAACGGGAACUCGAGAAGAUCCAAAAGAAGAGAUAUCUAGACUUUCUGGAUAUUCUUCUCUGUGCCAGGGAUGUAAAUGGUGAGGGAUUAUCUGAUGAAGACAUACGUUCUGAGGUGGACACUUUCCUCUUUGAGGGUCACGAUACCACCACCAGUGGGAUUUCCUGGCUCUUAUAUGCCAUGGCCCAGAAUCCAGAGCACCAGCAAAAAUGCAGGGAGGAGAUAAAGGAGAUUCUUGGAGAGCGAGAGACUCUGCGCUGGGAUGACCUUAGUAAGAUGACUUACACUACAAUGUGUAUUAAGGAAAGCCUCCGUGUUUAUCCUCCUGUUCCUCAAGUGUACCGAGAGCUCAAUAAACCCGUCACAUUUGCUGAUGGAAAGACAUUGCCUGCAGGUGCUUUGAUAUCCCUGAAUAUUUAUGUUCUUCACAAAAAUCCUGAAGUGUGGAAGGAUCCUCAGGUGUUUGAUCCUCUAAGGUUUUCACCCGAUAAUUCAUCUCAAAGACAUUCCUAUGCAUUUUUGCCAUUUGCUGCUGGACCCAGGAAUUGCAUUGGGCAACAGUUUGCUAUGAUGGAGUUGAAACUGGCGGUUGCUCUGACUUUGCUGCGCUUCCAAGUUGCACCAGAUCCUGCUAAUCCUCCCCUUGAGAAACCUCAGCUCAUCAUGCGCUCUUGGAAUGGGAUACAUUUAUAUUUAAAGAAGCUUACAUAGAUUCUCUGUCAACCACAGAACAUGACUCUUGUAAAUAAUAAAACUUGUGGAGCUGCUAAGAUGUGUUAUCUUUAUCGCUAUUUGGUAGAUCAGGAGAAACAUAUUACAGCCAAACCUCGGCUCUCGAACGGCUCCAUUUUCAAACGUUUCUGCUCCUGAACGCCAAAAACCUAUCAAUAAAUGCUCUGGCUUUCAAAGAUUUUUCGGAAGCCAAAUAUCUGACACGACUUCCGCUUGAGUGCAGGAAGCUCUUGUAACCAAUCGGAAGCCGUUCCUCAGUUGUCGAAUGUUUUGGAAGCCUAAUGGGAUUCCUGAACAGAUUACGUUCGACGACCGAAGUUUGACUGUAUACAUUUAAAGAGAUAUGAUACCAAUUGAAACAGCUGCUAUAGCUUCCCCCCACAAUUUAGGCAAGUGCCACCCCUGAUGUUUUUCAGCACCUGCCAAAGACCUUCCUCUUCCAACAAGCCUUUUAAGUAGAAAUCUUUCCUAGCCUGCACUUGUAUUGGAAUCCCCCCAUGUGUUUGAAUUUUAAAAAUUGCUUGAGUGUUUGCCUCCCUCAGUUCCAUUGGGAGGAAGGGUAAGAUAUUAAGCAAGCAAGCAAGCAAGCAACAAAAGCCUCUAUGAGAAGCAGCCAUGGUGUUGAACAACUUCAAGUAAACAUGCAUAACAGAAUCCAGCAGGGCCGUCUUAAGCACCUUUGGCGCCCUGGCGCCGAGGUGCGACGGAUCC